AUGGAGCACGGUUACGUGUCUUCAAGCCAUCCAUCUCAACCGCAAUGUCCACACGGCCUCAUCUGCCACGCCGUGAAUGGCCCGGGCUUCCCGUUCGAGGAGACGGCGCCUUGUGAUCUUCGCUCUGGGCAUGAAGCUCGAUCAGAGAGGAUCGAUCCUUCGGUCCAGGGACACGUCCCGGGCUUUAAGGGCACGCAGUCUCUGUCUGUCUGUCUGUUUGUCAUUGAUAUCAACUAUCGCAAGUGCAAGAAUGUAUAUCGAAGCAUCAACCGUCCGUCACCCAUCAACCGUCAACCCCGUCAACCGUGA